UGGUGGGACUUAAAUGCUUACGUGGCUGGGAAAGUCCUAAGUUAUUGGUAUUGGCGUCUUUGUUUUGUUUAUGACAACAGUGAGGGUUUUCCGUGCCUGAUCACGCACAUGACUUGGCGGGGGCGGCAGUUUAAACACGCUGCGUGCGUUUAGAUGAACGGUUCAACAUGUUCGGAUUAGGAUUUAUCAUGUGGCUAGUGGUUGUUCCAGUGGUUCUGUUGGCACUGGUUAUACCGAGUGCUGUCAGCCGACAUCACUGUCCAAUGGUGUGUUUCUGCAGCAAAGGUCUGAUGUCUGUCAACUGUCAGGGGAAAGAACUGCAGCAGGUACCGCUGGACGUUCCAUGGGUGGUGGAGAAGCUGUACCUGGGUCAUAACAGGAUUUCACAAAUUGAACAGAAAGUCUUCAAGAACUUUAAACAUUUAAAAUAUCUCGAGUUGAGUUAUAAUCUCAUUUCCAACAUUCCUUCGUAUGCAUUUGGGAACUUAACGGAAUUGAAUGUGACGUUUUUGGAUCACAAUGUGAUAGCGACCAUCUACCCCUUUGCUUUUGGAAACCUGUUGACCCUAAAUAGUGUGGAUCUGAGGAACAACCAGAUUACUGAUAUCAUGAAGAACGCUUUCAGCGGAUGUCCUCUGUUGGCGCGAGUCACUCUUACAACCAACUAUCUCGACAGUGUUGAUGAUGAUGCUUUUGAGUAUGCUCAAUCAGUGAAGUAUCUAUCUCUUUCAGCCAAUCGUUUCAAGGUAAUACCCAGCGUGAAGCACCUCACUGGCCUUCAGUCUCUGAUUAUGGAAGGAAACCAAGUAAGAAAUGCCACAUUUCCCAUUUCUUUCCUUGACGUGCAUAACCUAAAUGAUAUCGUUCUUAGCAACAACCCUAUUGGAGUACUGACAAAUAACACAUUCAGACAUUUACAGAAUUCAAAUGUGAGGAAACUUGAGAUAUCAAGAUGUAAUAUAAAGUCUGUGGAUAACGUUACAUUCAGUUAUCUGAACAAACUUCAGUCUUUGAGGAUAGGACAGAACCCACUUGAUGCUGAACAGCUGGAGAAGAUACUGUCUGGACUGCGGAAUUCUGAAAUAGUUUCUCUCGAUAUUAGAAACUUGCAGCUUGAUGGGAAGAUACCAUCCAAUACAUUUGCAAUAUUGAGAAAUAGUUCCUUAAGAUAUCUGCUGAUGUCUAACAACAAAAUUAAAGCUAUUCCGGAUAAAGCUUUUGCAAAUCUUCCAAAACUACUAACAAUUGAUUUAUCUGCCUGUAAAAUCGAAGAUGUUUCUGAAACAGCAUUUGAGAACCUUGCCAUUACUAUAUUGUUUUUGCACGACAACAGUUUAACCGCUGUCCCAAAAGGAUUACCACCUUCCAUACAGAAACUCUAUUUAAAUGGAAAUAAUAUCGUCAGUCUUGCUGAUGAGUCAUUUUAUAAUCUUAAAAAUGUCAGAGAAAUCCACCUGAGUAAGAAUGGUAUCCACGAGCUACACGAAAACUGUUUUACCGGGGUGCGAAAUCUCAGAAAACUGUAUAUGGACAGCAACAAAAUUGCAACACUACCCCGGAAACUGUUCAAUCCUCUGAUUAGAAUAGUUUCUCUGGACCUCAGCAGAAAUAACCUGAAGGUCAUACCGUUGACUCCAGGGUUGUUUACCACCCUUUCGUCUCUAGAGAAUUUAAGUCUGGCAGACAACCAGUGUCACUCUCUUCCUUUGGAUAUAUUCCAGGGUUUAAGUUCUCUUAUGCACAUUAAUUUGAAAAACAAUGACUUUGGACCCAUUUUUGCUGGAGACAGAUACAGCCAACUGCUGACAGGACUAACAAAGGUCCAGACCAUUGAUUUGUCCAACAACAACAUCAGUGUCCUCCGUGAUGCCACAUUCAUGGACUUAACAUCCUUAAAAGAGCUUAAUCUUGAGAAAAAUAGGAUCUCCAAUUGGGGGAGAGAUCUGUUUGCAUCGACAAACUCGCUAAAGACACUUGAUCUGAGUAACAAUAUGAUAUCGACACUAUCAAUGACAUCACUGAAAAAUCUUCCACCUCUGCAGUCGAUUAACAUCUCUUAUAAUCCCUUCGCAUGUACUUGUGAUUUCAAGGAGUUCUGCCGCUGGAUGAAGACAACAAAAACUAAAUUACAGGAAAAGAAUAAGAUACUCUGUAAUUCCCCUUCAACAUGGCACAACAAGAAAGUGGAAGAAUUUUGCUUGGCCAACAUUAACUGCAUUGAUUACACCAUGUACUACAUUAUUGGAGCUGUUGGUGGUGGUUUCAUCUUAGCUUUCAUUCUGGGUUGUUGUCUUUAUAGAAACCGAUGGUUUGUCAAGUUGAGAUGGUAUCGAAUGACAAAGUCCUGUAGGUGCACUGGAAAGCGCCGUGGCCAAUAUGAAGUAAUUCCAGGGAAAAUCGAGGAAUUUGAUGCCUACAUAUCUUGUGCUGAACUGGACCAGGAGUGGGUUGCUGAUAAAUUUUUGCCUGGAAUUGACAAAGGUGAGCUCAAUGGAAAGGCAUUUGAAGGUAACUUUCAUCUUUGUUUUGCUUGUAGGGACUUCCAAAUUGGCAGAUAUACGGUUGCGUGCAUUGAUGAAUGCAUCCAUAGCAGCAGACAUGCGUACAUUAUUCUGACCAAGAAUUAUAUUGAGUGUACAUUCUGUCUAUUUGAACUAUAUCAAAUUGUCAAUGCUAAAAUAGAUGGAUUGAUUGAUGAUUACACUGUGGUUAAAGUUGGAAAACUCCCACCCAAAAAGAUACCAAAGAUUCUCCAAAGAAUGCUUGAAAGAAGGGAGUUUAUUGAAUGGCCUGACAUAAACACUGCCGAAAAUGAUUUCAAGGAACAACUCAUCAACAAGUUGGAUCACGCAGCAGGAGAAACUUCUGUUAUGGAGCCACGCGCAUCUCGAUAUCAGACUGUUUGAAUCUUUAUCCCACAGAUAGUUGGUGAAAUACAGGCAAGUGGAAGCAGAGUAUUACCAUUAUACUAAUGUGUGCCAGUGUAUGUCGUAACAUGUAAAGUAUUUCAAGUCUGCAUUACAAAUACCCAAGUUAAUUCAAGUCCUUACUGUAUGCACAGUUUAACACGUUCCCUGUGAGAUAUUUAAAUAAGAAUUUAAUACAAACACAAAUGUCCAAAUGCCAGGAUUGAGGUUCCUUGCAGCUUGCCAAGUGAGCUAUAACACUAAACAAGUCGGGGUCUUGACGUCUGUUAAUUGUGUGAUUUUGUUUCUGAAAUCGCUCCAUAAUAUUAUGGUGACUUGGACUUCUCACUACGGCUAAUAUCUCGGCGACUUGGGCCGACUUUCGGCUAAGAAAACGUUAAUUUCUCCGAAUCAUACAGAGGGAAACUUUUGCACUGCAACAAUGCGUUGAUCAGCAUUUAUUAAUGUAGUGUUCUUCGGUUUAAUAAAUAUGCACACACGA